AUGUCGCUUUCAACAUCUUUGAAAGCCCAUGCUACACCAAAAACGGAAUCCACAAUAACUGUGACCUCGGCAUCAAAACCUAAUUUAAUGCCAAGAGCUAGCACGACAUCAAAAAACCGAGCAUCGGUAACGCCAAAAAUGAGUCGACCACAUAAACGAAAAACAAAUGAAAAUCUUUCUUCAUCAAUAUCAAAAAAUUUUAAUGCUAGAGAAGAAAGGCAACGUCUACUCAAAAUCAUCCCAAACUUAGUUGCAGAGAGAAUUGAAACACAAGUUUUAAGGGCUGUUCAUUCUAAUGAUCCUCAAAAAAUAAUGGCAUUACGUACCUUGUUUCCAUCAAACGAAUAUUUUGAUUAUAAACAAUUUGAAGUUGAAUGUACACGUUGUUCAAAAAAAUUUGAUCGUCAUUAUCAAACAACGUUUGGCGAAUGUUACGUUAAACAUACCGGUAAACAAGUCAUCGUAGAGGAAACAAAUCUCGAUAAAGAGAAUGGUGCCGAUGAUCAACUACAAAUUAUCAAAUGGUCGUGUUGUGGAAAAUUAUGUAUUCUUGGACACGAAAAUGAUGGUGAUCAAUUUUGUUUUCAAGGAUCACAUACAACAGCAGCACCAGGUGAAGAUUACGAUCUAGUACUUAGUGUUGACAAUGAUUUUGGUAUUAGUCGUCCGGUGACUAAAAAAAAGAAAAAAUGA